GCGCCUCUCCAUCUAAUCUCGCCUCUGUUGAAUUCCCCGCCUCCCCAUAUUUCAACGAGCGCACCGCUAUCUUUAGCAUUGCCACGGAUUAAUGUAAAGUGGCUCAGAGACCGUGAACCGGACUGUCCACAAGCAUUGUAGGACCUCGCUCGGUAUCGGUGCAUUAUUUGUCACGGAAACCACUUGGCACAGAUUCGGAAAUCGAGUGGGGGAAUGAUGACAAACCCCAUGUCCCCGUGUCUGGCUUUCUUUUCGUAAAGAAGCCCUGUCAGGGAUGCUGCUUUCUAAGCGGAUCGAACGACAACCCCGGGCCUCGCUCCUGCCCGGGGUUCUCCUAUGUUUCAUUCUCGCCACUGUCAGUGCCAGCAUGCCAGCUGGGGGUAAGUGCCCGCACCACAUAGACUGUGCCCGUGAGGGGCGGCACUUCUGCAAACCUGGCACCUCCUACUGCGGCCCCUGCCUCACCCCAUUGGAGGAGAAUGAGGAAGGACAGUGUGUCGCAAGGAAGAGGCGCCAUCACCAUGGUAAAGUGACAGCCUUUUCUGAUCUAGAUGAAGAGAUUGACUUCCUUCACUCAGUCAUUGCCAAGCAGGAAGUGUCAGAGGUCAAACAAUCAAAACAAUCAGACACCCCCUCCAAGGCAGUUCCUAUGACUCAGACAAAGUCUCCCAGACAGAGAGGCCAGGCCCAACCCUCGGAGGAGCAGCCCACCACCGCCCACCCCUCUACCCGGACCCCGCAGCCUGCCACUGGGGCUCUGGAGAGGGUGGGACCGGGAGGACCUGGAGGCCCCAUAGCCAUCCCAUACCCCUCCAAGGACAGUCUCCUUGUCAUUAUGAUCUCUGUGUGUCUCAUCGUUGGCACUGUGGCCCUGAUCUUGGCUACAGUUUGCUGGGUCAGGUUACAGAAGGAAUCACAUCUGGCCCAGAAGAUAGAUUACCCUGCAUUUGGAAGCAAUGGAAAUGGAACAGCCAACAGGACUUCAUCGGGGGAUAAGAAGUUGGCCCAGAGUGCUCAGAUGUACCACUACCAGCAUCAGAAACAGCAGAUGCUCUCCAUGGAAAAACAUAAAUCGGAGCCGAAAGUCACUGACUCAGAAGUCACAUCAGAUGAGGAAGAAGUGGGCGGAGACUUCACUGUGUACGAGUGCCCUGGCCUUGCACCGACUGGAGAGAUGGAAGUGAAAAAUCCUUUGUUUGACGACUCUACCCUAUACUACCAAGAGAAUCCCAAGGGAAAUCCAUAGACUUUAAUGCAUGCUGGCACACGCAGACACCACACAAACACACACACACAGAAACAUACAACCAAUUAAAACAUAAUACUAACCUACACACACACACAGAAUACACACACACACACGCCAUUUCUUGUACUCUGGAAAAGACCACCUUAACUCUCCAAUCAGGUUGCUAUCUCAAAACUGGACAGGCUUAUACAGAUGUCGGAUCUUAAUUUGACCCAUUUCGUUGCAGAAGGAAAAUGAUCUGCAGCAGGAGGAUUUGAAUGUCUAUUCAAUAUUGAGAAUCGAUGCCAGGGGGCAGCUGGAAGCGGUGUUUGUAGGCUAUACAAUAAUUUAGACUGCAGGUCCACUGAUUAUUUGUUGUAUUAUAUGUUCAAGGCAAACAAUGAGCAAAAUAAAUUGGUGGUUAUCGCA